GAUGUGCUGCAGGGGCCACCAGUUUCUUUGCAAAAACAACUUCCCAAUCAUUCAUCCCUCUCCAGCUGAGCUCUGCUUACUCUGGGCACGAGGAGGUUUAGAACAUUCUGCAGACGAAUAAAGAAAGUUCUGAUCUCUGGAGUGUUGAGAAGAAUUUUUUUUUGUUUUUUUUAAUAAAUGAAAGCGUCCCACUAGCAGUCAGAAAAAAAAAUACUUCUGCAUCCACUUGAGUGUGGAUCAUUUGUUGGAGGGGCAGAUCAUUCCUCUUUUUGCAGGCUGCAGAUUUCCAUAAUGCUCUGGAAUAAUGGGACUGUCUGGAAUCUCCUCUGUGAUCAGGCACUGGAGUAACCAUAUUCCCCUGCCGAUAAGCAAGCAGAGCUUUGCAUCCAGCGCACAUGCAGAGCAAUAAAAGGGACUAACUGGAAGCUACUUUAUUACACACAGGGCGAUUGUGCUAAGACUGUGAGCCACAAAGGGAGGCUGUUAAUACUGGCAGUUACAAUACCUGGGAAGUUAGAUUGAGAUGUUCAUCAAAGCUCUCUAAAAAAAUCUCUUCUCACCCAUUGCCUCUGAGCAAUUUCUAUGCAACUGCCAUCCGGACUUGCUGGGAAUCCUCAGAUUCUAUGUGACAGGCACAGAGAUGGGCACGUUGGGGAUUUGUAACUGGACCGCUUUGCAGCAUCUGGGUUCAGUCAUAGGUUUAAUACUUGGAAUGCUAUUUUGUAAAGUGACACAAUCAAGAGGAAUUCCAGACAACUUCCAGAGGUUUUCAGCAUCACCAUCAUAUCUCCCUGUAACAUAUAGAAUAGAAGGCGCUGAAACUACCUUUCUUUUGAAGGAACUUAGCCAGGAUUUCAUGAGGAACUCCAGUUUACAGUCUAGAAUAGAGUCCUUUUUCAUUCAUAAGGCUCGAAGAACUCCCAUUUUGAAUGCUAGUUAUGGACCCUUUUCUGCAGAGCAAGGCAUUCCAGAAGAUCUUCUACUAAAUUCUCGUGUCUUUGGGUCCACCAAGUUUACUUUCAAUUGGAUGCUCAAAGCCUAUAUCAUUAAUGAUAAGGUUUAUCCCAACAAACCAAAAGUACAAGUCUUAUUUUACAUUGCAGGCAGAGAUUGGGAUAAUUACAGUGCAACUGAAAAACUUCCUUGUCUCAAAUUGUUUGCAAUUCGGGAAACUAGAGAGGCUAAAGGAAGCUGUAGGUUGCAAGGGAUCCUCGGACUCUGUGUGGCAGAGUUGGAAUUCCUUCCAUCAUGGUUUAAUUCACCUCCUGGUACCAGUCGUAAGAGAAAUUUUGACCUGUCUGAGGGGAUACCUAUAGAACUUUACUUCAGUAUCCAGUCAGAGGAAGAGAAAAUGGAAUGUACACCCGAGGAAGCAAGGAAAGGAAAUGCAAUUCGUCCAGGGAAAGACUCAACAGAAGAUAGUGUGGCACACUUACAAAGGAUUGGUAUUAUAAAUAUGUAUAGGACUCCAGAAAAUGCUCCGGUGACUGAGCUCAGGUUGGAUAACCAAGUGGCACUUUGGUUGCCCUCUAAGCCUGCUAAACAGGGAGAGAUUUUACAAGUUUAUGUCACGGUUGCAAAUAACUCAACAAUGGAUCAGUUCACUUUGAGGGCCAAGGUGAAAAAAGGUGUCAACAUUUUGAAUGUGAAGAUCAGUGACCCUCGACAGUGGGACAUUCAACAGGAGCUUGGAAACGGAGGAAAACAUUCUACCACUUCAGUUAUUUGUCAAAGAAUAGGACCAAGCCCCAGGAGCAGGUCUAACAAUCAGUUCAAUGAGGUCGUUCAAAUGAACUUUGAGAUCACCAGCUUCAGCAGCCUAUCUGGGACACAACCAAUUUCGUGGCAGGUAGAAUAUCCCGGGAAAGGCACAUCAGAUGUUAUCCUCUCAGAAAUUUUUAUCAGUCAAAAGGACCUGGUCGGAAUUGUUCCACUAUCCAUGGACACAGAGAUUUUGAAUACAGCCAUUCUCACUGGAAAGACGGUAGCAGUUCCAGUCAAAGUAGUUUCAGUUGAAGAAAAGGGAUAUGUUUCGGACAUUUCAGAACUGGUCGAGUGUAAGUCUUCUGAUGAAGAUGUCGUAAAAGUUUCAGAGAGAUGUGACUAUGUUUUUGUCAAUGGGAAGGAAAUGAAAGGCAAGGUUGACGUACUGGUGAACUUCACGUAUCAGUAUCUGAGCGCCUCUCUGCAGAUAACCAUCUGGGUUCCACGGCUGCCUCUCCAAAUAGAUAUAUCUGACACUGAACUCAGUCAGAUCAAAGGCUGGAGAGUGCCCAUCAUUGCCAACAGAAGACCUACAAGAGACAGUGAUGAUGACGAGGAGGAUGAACGCAGAGGAAGGGGAUGUUCUUUGCAAUACCAGCAUGCAAUGGUUCGUGUUCUUACCCAGUUUGUAGCAGAGGACCCAGGUCCUUCUGGCCAGCUUGUAUUCUUGCUGGCUCCUGAUUGGCAGUUUGAUGUAACAGACUUGGUGACAGAUUUCAUGAAACUGGAAGAGCCUCAUAUAGCAAAACUUCAAGAUGGAAGGCUUUUGAUUGGCCGAGAAGUUGGGAUGACAACAAUACAAGUGAUGUCCCCUCUUUCCGAUUCCAUCCUGGCAGAAAAGACAGUGACAGUACUGGAUGACAAAGUGACAAUAACAGAUCUCGGAGUGCAGCUUGUCUCUGGACUGUCACUCCAUCUUCAGUCUAGCACAGCAAAUAACAAGGCUAUUGUUGCAACCUCAACAGCUCUGGAACUUCUGCAUAACCCCAAACAGGAAGCUGUUGUCAGUACAUGGGUACAGUUUAGUGAUGGGUUAGUAACACCACUUGACAUCUAUGAUUCCAAGGAUUUUUCCAUCUCUGCUACUUCAUUGGAUGAAAAAAUAGUGUCUACACACCAGAGCAGUUUGCUAAAAUGGCCCAUUGUGAUAGCAGAAGGUGAAGGACAAGGACCAUUGAUCAAAAUUGAUCUGAUGAUCUCUGAGGCUUGCCAAAAAUCAAAGAGAAAAAGUGUUCUUGCAAUCGGACAUGGUUACAUCAAAGUCAAAUUUGGACAGAAUGAUGCCAAUCCUCAAGUAAGCAGUGAUUACGAUGCAGAGGAAAUUGAAAAUCACACAAGUGACCGCAGGCAAAAAGUGUCUGAUCAUGAACGCUAUGGUACUGAUGGAAGGUAUGAUGGAUCUUUGGAACGUGAUAAGAGUGCCAUAAGAAAAGGAAGUACAACAGUUAGAUCAGUAUUAAACAGUAGAGUGGAUGGAGGUAGGCUUUCUGAUGAUAGUCCACUGCAGAACAUUCCCAUAGAUUUUACCAAUUUCCCCGCCCAAGUAGACUUACCAAAAAAUAAUGAGGAAAUCGAAGAUAAUGACCUUGUUCAUGCACCAAGAGGAUUGAGUGAUCUUGAGAUUGGAAUGUAUGCUUUGCUUGGUGUAUUCUGCCUUGCCAUAUUAGUUUUCCUAAUUAACUGUGCAACGUUUGCCCUUAAAUAUAGACACAAACAAAUACCAAUAGAAGGGCAAACUAACAUGACACACUCCCAUGACUGGGUUUGGCUUGGCAAUGAGACAGAACUUCUAGAGAGUACACCAGAUGUAUCUCCUCAACAAGAUGAACAUACUACUAUUAUAGACAGAGGAAUAAAUCUUGAAGAGAGUCAUCACCUCAUCAAUGGUAAGAAUGUGCAGAGCCAGAUACAUCGGUCAGCUGAGGACAUGGAGAAAGCUUUGAAAGAGAAAAAAAAUGAACCUUUACAUUCACCAACAUCAAAAAGGAAGCGAGUAAAAUUCACAACCUUUACAACUAUUCCAGCUGAUGACAGUUGCCCAACUGUGAACUCAUUAUUGACAGCUAAUGAGGAUGACAUUAAAUGGGUGUGUCAGGAUAUGGACUUGGGAGAAUCAAAGGAACUCAGAAACUAUAUGCAACAGUAUAAAGAAUAAACAGAACUUAUUUGGUUGUUGCAAUAAGUUAACCUCAAAUUUUGAUGCCUUCAGUUUUUAUUGGUCGUGGCGAAAUAUAUAAGAACCUCUUGGACUCUCAACUUGAAACUAUUGAGAUUCUUCAAUGUAUAUGUUUUAAGAAAUGCACAUAUGCCAUAUUAAAUGUAGGCUAUGGUCCAGUAACAGUUUCCAGCUAAAAAAAAAAUAGAUGGUUUUAAAAAAAACUCAGAUCGAGUCAGCAGGCAUAUGUUUAGAUUAAUUAAUAAGGCGUGUGGAAUUUAUGUAAAGGAGUUACCAAAAAUUAUUUGUUAAAAAAAUAAAACAUUAAUAAUUAUAAUAAAAAAAGAAAAAAUAGAAAACUAGUUGAAAAAUAAGAUUUUAUAUUUCUAAUAAAAUGCAGUUAAAAGACUGGGAAAAAAAAUAUUUUUCGGAAUUUCAAGAUAAUUCUAUAUAUCAUUCCCCUAGUGAUGUGCCAAAGCCAGAGACAGAAGAAACACUAAAGUUGUAUUGAGUAUUUUGAGGUAUCAUUAAUGCUUAUACCUUAUAAUUCAUGCAUAUACCAUAGUACACAUUUGUCUAUCACAGUCUUCCCUAUUAAAAAUGCAUGGAAAGAAAAGUAAGAUAAAAAAUUGUAAUUAUUUUUGUAUUAUAAAUUGAGUGCACAACUGUGUACUAACGUAAGCUUACUUUUCCAUCAAGGUGCCUAUAUUUAGAAAGCCCUCUACAGGAAAAUACCGGUAUAGCAGGGGAUGAGAAAAUUCACUACAGACCACUGACUCCUGAGCAAGUAUAAUGCUCAAAUCUAUUGCAAUUACAAGCCAUGUAUAAGGUGUUGCUAAUCUGGCAUUUUAUUUAAUAUGUGCACAUAUUUAUUUAAUUAACAAAGGUCAACAAAAAUUAUAUUAAUGAGAAUAGGGUACUAACGAUCUGGGAGCUAUGACGCUGCAUUGUUCUUGCAGGUAAGAUGCUCUUAGAUGUGGAUUCCAAUCAGUAUGAUUUUAUAAAAUAUACAGACUACAGUGUUUUUGUUGAAAGAGAGAAAGAAACACUAGCACAGAGCAAAUUAUAUAAAUAUAUCAUAUGUGAAUGUUUCACAGUAUCUUUUUGAUUUCAUGUAUCUUCCAGAUUUACCGUUCUCCAUUUCCCAUCUAUGCUGAUUUAUUAGACAGGGUUGACAACCUCUACAGGGAAGGAUAGGCUCUCUCUGUAUCUGAUGACUAUUUGAUUUCAGUUUGUUAAGCCUAAUGCAGGAGCCUACAGAACUGGGCACGGUAUCCAUUGCGAUGAAGAAAACAUGUCUUAUAUGUACAGAACUCAAUUUUUGAUGGGACUACAUCGAUUCAUAUGGUGGAAUGUAUGAACAUAAGGGAUGUAACUCGGCAUGAUUCUGAAAAGACUAUCUUUAGACUCCCAGUGAAGUUUUUUUUCACUCAUCUCUGGUGGAUAUAAAGAAGUACUUAUAUAUUUUACUAUAUAUGGAUUACAGAGGGACUGAGAUUUAUGGAAAGUUUAGUCAUAAAAAAAAUUACAAUAUUUUUUCAAAAUUACAUUACAACGUAUUCAGACUCUCCCCUAGUCUUCAAUCCUUUAAGAACUCUCUCCAAAACUCAUCUUUUUAGGAAUGCUUACGGCCUCCCAGAGUAACUUCUCUCUCUUAAUCCUUCUUGCUCUCUGCUAAAGUGCCACACUCCACUCUCACCUCCAGUUCUGCUACUUUCCCACCUUGUCUAUUUUCUGUCUCCCUCAAUACCCUUCCUUUUGUGUUUUUAUACCCUACCUCCUCUAGACUGUAAGCUCGUUUGAGCAGGGUCCUCAACUACUUAUUGUUCCUGUUACACAUUGUUAUUGUAUCAUUUGGUAAAUUCCCCUUUUAUUGUAAAGCGCUGCGCAAUAAGCUGGCACUGUAUAAAUACCAAUAAUAAUAAUAAUAAUGAUAAUAAUAUUCCACUUUAUUGUUAAAUUUACAGCCAUAUCGUAGUUUACAUUUAAAGUCUUUGACACAGAUUAUGGUACUUUCAAGGUACAGUAAGUUAAUGUCUGUCUGUAUUCUUGUUGCAGCUCUCUCUAAUGCAGAGAAAAUUAAUAUCCUGAGAAUAUCUAAGUUAAUGAAAACGUGUUAUUAAUUAUGUGGCAAAUCACUGUUCUUCCCAAUGUUAUUUAGAAAUCAGCACUUAUAAGUCAGGCACCACAAUAGUGUGGACAUCUGUUCACACAUCUACUAAUUAAAUGCCUCUUCCAUUGUGUUCAUAUGCAGUAGAAGGAAUAGCCUGUGGCCACUUAACUGGUUUUAGGUUCCUUAAACAAAAAGAGGAAAA